GCUGAAUAUUAUAAGAGGGCGGGACUUCAGCACUGUCGUCUCACAGUAGUUUCUGGAACCUCAUGGUUGCAGUAUGGAGAAAGUAUCUCAGCUGAAAGACCAGGGUAAUAAGGCGCUGAGCGCAGGGAAGAUCGAUGAAGCAGUGCGAUGCUACACCGAGGCUGUGGCGUUGGACCCAAACAACCAUGUCCUCUUCAGCAACCGAUCUGCUGCAUACGCCAAGAAGGGCGACUAUGAGAACGCCCUGCAGGACGCGUGCCAGACCAUUAAAAUUAAGCCAGACUGGGGCAAGGGUUACUCGAGAAAAGCUGCAGCCUUGGAGUUCCUGGAAAAGUUUGAGGAUGCCAAAUUAACCUAUCAGGAGGGUCUCCGGCAAGAGCCGUCCAACCAGCAGCUCAAAGACGGCCUUCAGAACAUUGAGGCACGACUAGCAGAGAAAAAGAUGAUGAACCCCUUUGCCAUCCCUAACUUGUAUGAAAAGUUAGAAGCGGACUCCCGAACCCGAGCCCUUCUGUCUGACCCCAGCUACAGAGAGCUGCUCGAACAGCUCCGCCAGAAACCGUCUGAACUCGGCACAAAGUUGCAGGACCCUCGGGUGAUGACCACUCUUUCAGUGCUCCUUGGCUUUGACCUGGCUGGCAUGGAUGAAGAUGAGGAGCCUGCUCCACCCCCUCCACCUAAGCCAAAAGAGACAGCUCCACCCCCUCCCAAAGAAGAAGAUCUACCAGAGAAUAAGAAAUUGGCAUUGAAGGAGAAGGAACUCGGCAAUGCAGCAUACAAAAAGAAGGACUUCGAGACUGCACUCAAGCAUUAUGAGGAGGCGUGCAAACACGACCCCACCAAUAUGUCUUAUCUAUCCAAUCAGGCUGCUGUGUUUUUCGAGAAGGGAGAGUUUGACAAGUGUCGUGAGUACUGCGAGAAAGCCAUUGAGGUGGGACGAGAAAAUCGUGAAGACUACAGGCAAAUUGCCAAGGCCUACGCCAGGAUUGGGAACUCUUACUUCAAACAAGAGCAGUAUAAGGAGUCCAUUCAGUUUUUUAACAAAAGUCUGACAGAGCAUCGAACCCCUGAGGUGCUGAAGAAGUGCCAGCAGGCGGAAAAGAUAGUAAAGGAGCAGGAGAAACUGGCAUACAUCAACCCGGAGCUGGCACUGGAGGAGAAGAACAAGGGAAAUGAGGCUUUUCAAAAAGGUGACUACCCCCUUGCCAUGAAGCACUACACUGAGGCCAUAAAAAGAAACCCUAAUGAUGCCAAGCUCUUCAGCAACAGGGCAGCCUGCUACACCAAAUUACUGGAGUUUCAGCUGGCCUUAAAGGAUUGUGAGGACUGCAUCAGACUGGAGCCCACCUUCAUUAAAGGAUACACACGUAAAGCAGCAGCACUGGAGGCAAUGAAGGACUUCUCCAAAGCCAUGGAUGCCUAUCAGAAAGCUUUGGAGCUGGAUGCCAACUCUAAGGAAGCCACUGAGGGGAUUCAGCGCUGCAUGGUAAGUCAGACCAUGAGGAACGAUAGCCCUGAGGAUGUGAAGAGGCGGGCCAUGGCUGAUCCAGAAGUGCAGCAGAUAAUGAGUGACCCUGCCAUGCGCAUGAUCCUGGAACAAAUGCAGAAAGACCCACAAGCUCUCAGCGACCACCUGAAGAACCCAGUUAUCGCUCAGAAGAUUCAGAAACUUAUAGAUGUCGGACUCAUAGCCAUCCGGUGAUUUUAUUGAGAGCAAAGGAGUACCAGGACUACCACCAUCCAGAUGAACACCACCACAAGACCUCAGAGGAAAGAAGACUCCAUUCCAAAAGAAAGAAAGGAUUUUUUUUUUGCGCUCACCAAAUUGUACAAUCACUCUCAUUGUCAAACAUUUUUAAGAGUAAUGCCUUAUGUUUUACAUUACAUUUAAUGGAAAACUAACAUGCUAUGCUGCAUUUGCUUCUUAGCACUCCAAUACCUGCAAUAGCUUUUAAUCACCAAGUCUCAUUUGUCUCAGAAUGGCAUAUUUUAAUAACCUUUAUAGAUUCAGUAUAAAACGGUGCAACCAUUCUGAGAUUCA